UCUCAUCUACUUUCCUUUGGUUACAAACAAUAAUGGCGUCGCAAGGGGAAGAUGUUCCUGAGGACCAAGUGGAGAGAAAACCCGCGCCGCUGUCGUUUGGUUUUACUAAAACAGUUAGCAAAUUCAAACCUGCGACUGUCGACGGUGUGAUCAAGAAAGAUGACAGAGAUUUCUUGACCGGAAUUGACGGAAAAGAAUUACAAAGUACAAAACCAUCUGACAAGCCCAAAGAGCUCAUCAUCCCUCUGAUCCAGAAGAACCGCUGGCACAGGCCGGACCGAGCCGCUCCGAGCGAGCCCAGUGUGGUCAGUGGGGGCAAAACACAAGAAGCCCCCCCAGAAAACGACUCUGUGGAGUCUCAGGCUGUCAAAGAACUCAUCGAAGACUCCCGGAGGCAGCUGGAGCAGUGGCAGAAUGGCUCUCAGUCAGACAGCAACCUGAACCUCGCCAUCCCCCUGCUGAUGCAAAACAAAGUACCUGACGGCUUUGAGGAUGGAGACCAUGUGAAGGUGGAUCUACGGCCUGAAUCUUCGACAGAGGCAGAUUAUGACACUGUUCCUGUUGAGGCGUAUGGAAUCGCGAUGCUUAAAGGGAUGGGCUGGAACAAAGAGGAAGGCAUCGGACGCACCUUUAAACAGCACGUGAAGCCCAUUGAAAACCAGAUCCGUCCCAAAGGUCUGGGUCUGGGAGCCGAUCGUUCAGCCAUAAAGGACCUGGAGCCCAGCAGACACAAGCGUCCCCCCAAGCCCGGCGAGGAGCGAGAGAAGGAGGAGGAGCUGGUGAUGGGUGCAGGCGGCUGCGUGCUGGUGGAGUCGGGGGCGCAUAAAGAGCUGUACGGAAAGAUUGAAGGCGUUGAUGCCGACAACGCUCGAGUUGUGGUGAAGCUGGCUAUCGGCGGCAGGUCUGCGACGAUCAGCCAGUACGCUAUUAAACUGGUUGGAAGAAAGGAAUACGACAAAAACUGCAAAGACCUCACUCGCCUCAGUCGAGCCCACAAAGACAAGGAGCGAGAGAAGGAGCGAGAGCGAGAGAAGGAGCAACAGAGACGGGACGAGAAAGAGAGCCGCAGUAAUGGUGACGAAGUCAAACACAAGUCUUCAGAACGAGAUGGAGGCAAAGACGAGAGGAAGAGGAAACACAGAGAAUCAAGUCAAGACAGAGACAAGCCUCCAGUGAAGGAGGCCAGGAGACCCCCGGCCCCCCCGUCCUGGCUCCAGAGAGACUUGAAAGUUCGCUUCAUAGACAAAUCUUUCAAAGGGGGAAAGUACUACAACUCAAAGAUGCGAGUGGAAGACGUCCUCUCACCGCUCACCUGUGUGUGCAGAACUGAGGAGGGAAGACUGUUAGACGAUGUGAAGCAGGACAUGCUGGAGACAAUAAUCCCAAAGCGCGACUCCGAUGCUGUAAUGGUCGUACUGGGCGAGCACCGAGGACAGGUGGGACGUAUUCUCCAGCGGGACAAGAACAAGUGCAGAGCGAUGGUCCAGCUGGAGCGGCACGAGGAGCAGGUGUUCACUCUGGAUUAUGACAUCAUCUGUCACUACGUAGGAGACACAGACCAGUGACUCGGACGCUCCCUGAUCUUUAUCAUCCCAUCGCAAAUGUUUGUCAUACUCAGAAAAUAAUGAAUUUUAAAACACUGCAAUUUUGUAAUAAAACAUUGUCAAGAAGU